AGUUGGCAACUAUGCGUGCAUGAAUGGAGAUCAAAUCGAACAACAUCAAGAAUAAAAUUAAUUUUAACCGUAUUUACGCAUUUAUAUUGAGUGGCAUCCAACAACAUGGAUUAUAUGUUUGCAGAACUAUUAACGCACGAACAGUUGUUAAACAUUUUAAUUGAGCGUCAACUAAACAUACCAAACCUGCGGGAAAUGCCACACGAUGAACUUGUACGUAUCUACAAAUCGUUUGCUCUACCUUUGGCACGCCGGGAAAGUCAUCGCAAAACUAAAAUGCAGCCGGAGUUCAAAGGCUUGGAGGGGAAAACCGGCAAAGAGCCAAUCAACAAAGCCAAUGAAUGUAUUGCCGAUUUGCCUAUGGAUGUAGAUGGAUCUGAGUGUAUUCAAAUAUCAAGCGAUAGAUUUAGUAAAACUAAAGCGGGAAGGAGCAUAUCCUGUGAAAAGAGAUCGCAUGAUUACAAGCAUUUAAACCCUCUGACGGACGAAUACUUGAGCAUAGCAACCAAACGCAUCAAAAUUGCCUGGUCUUAGCUGUUCCGCGCGAAAAACAGGUAUCGCUUGGACAUGAUGCCAAUGUGAAAGUGUGGCUCCAGAAGUUUCUACUGCUGCUAUGACAAAAGUUUCGUAUUGUUACUGCAAAUGGUUUCCAUAUACGGAACAGUUCUCGAAUCCUAUUUUGAGAGGCUAAUUGUUAUAAUAGAAAGUGCAAUACGAGUAACGUAGUCAGGUUUGAUGCAGAGAAUGAUUUGUUUGAUAAAUAUAGUGUAAUGCUAUUUACAUAUAUUCGCAAACUACUGUAAAGUUUAUUCGACAUGAAUAAAUGCUUCCG